CGAGACAGGAACACAGCCCUUAAACUCGCCGAAGCCCUGCUGACCCAACUCACCCUCGAAGAAAAAGUCUCCAUGAUAACCGGAAACUCCACCGCCGGAAACUGCAUCGGCGUCAUCGCCUCCAUCCCACGCCUAGGCUUCAAAGGAAUCUGCAUGCUCGACGGCCCCAGCGCCGUCAACCGCGCCGACCUAGUCAGCGUUUUCCCCUCGGGCAUAACCGCCGCGGCAACAUGGGACCGCAAGAUGAUUUAUCGUCGUGGCGUUGCCCUUGCUGAGGAGUUCAAGGGGAAAGGAGGACAUGUAAUUCUCGGCCCUUCAACAGGUCCCAUGGGUCGCGCAGCCCUAGGCGGUCGCAACUGGGAAGGCUUCGGCCCAGAUCCUUACCUAGCAGGCAUCAGCAUCGAGCACGCAAUCACAGGCAUACAAUCCGCCGGCGUACAGACCUGCUCAAAGCACUACAUUGCAAACGAACAAGAAACCCAGCGCUCCAACACCCCUUCUCCCAACGGGACAGCCAUCGAGGCCAUCUCUUCGAAUGUAGACGAUAGGACCGUUCAUGAACUCUACCUAUGGCCGUUCGCCAACGCUAUCAGGGCGGGUACGACGUCCAUCAUGUGUUCGUAUAACCGCUUCAACCAGACGUACGCGUGUGAGAACAGCCAUCUCCUGAAGGAAUUACUGCGCGACGAGCUUGGGUUUGAGGGGUAUACUGUCUCGGAUUGGUUUGCGACGCACUCUACAGCAGACGCCAUCAACGCCGGCCUCGACCUCGAGAUGCCGGGCACCUUGCCGACAGAUUACCCCGGCGCGGUAAACUUCUUCGGCGACAAAGUCUUGGAGGCCGUGACCAACGGCGCCGUCACCGAAUCCCGCAUCGACGAAAUGGUCCGCAACAUCCUCACGCCAUACUACCUCCUAGGCCAAGACGCAGAGUCCUACCCCUCACCCGACCCGUCCCUCCGCUUCGUGACCCUCUUCCAAGAAGUCGGCCUCCAAGUCGCCAAAGACGGGGGCUUCAUACCCGACAACUUCAUCUUCACCCACGGCCGCGACGUGCGCGGCGACCACGCAAAGCUGAUCCGCGAAAUGGGCUCCGCGGGCACAGUCCUCCUCAAGAACACAAACUUCACCCUCCCCCUAACGAACCCCAAAAUCAUCGGCGUCUUCGGCAACGACGCGGGCGAAAUGACAGACGGCUUCCUCCGCCCCGCCGAGGUCCCCGAUGCCACCAACACAGGCACAAUGAUCAUCGGCGGCGGGUCAGGCACAGGCCGCCCGUCGUAUGUAAUCUCCCCUCUCGCCGCGAUCCGCGCAAAAGCAGCAGAGUCCGGCGCAGAAGUCUUGUACGUGACCAACAACGACGUCCUCGCGGCCAAUGAUUUCAGAGGCGUAUACCCCCCGCCGGAAAUCUGCCUCGUAUUCCAGCAGACUUUCGCCAGCGAAGGCUUUGACCGCACGUCGUUUGAACUUGACGGGAAUUCGACGGCUGUGAUCAACAAUGUGGCCGAUUUCUGUGGUACGACGGUGGUGGUCACGCACUCGGGGGGCGUGAAUACCAUGCCCUGGGCAAACCACACCAAGAUUGGCGCGAUCCUGGCGGCGCAUUACCCGGGCCAGGAGAGCGGUAACUCCAUUGUCGAUUUGCUCUGGGGGGAUGUCGCGCCCUCGGGCCGGCUGCCGUACUCUGUCCCGCGCAGCGAGGAGUAUGCGGGACCGGCGAUUGUAAACCUCACGCAGCCUGUCGGUGAUCCGCUUGCGUGGCAGGCAAACUUCACAGAGGGCCAGAUGAUCGAUUACCGCCACUACGAUGCGCUUGGUAUCGAGCCGUUGUAUGAGUUUGGCUUCGGGUUGACGUACACGACGUUCGAAGUGGUAGAUGGCCAGGUCGACGUGAGCUUUGCCGCUGGAAACUCAUCCAUCGCUGCUCGUCCAGACGCGGCGAUCGCAGUUCAACCCGGCGGACAUCCGCAGCUGUGGGAUGAUCUCAUCAGCGUCAAGGCGUCGAUUUCGAACACGGGCAACAGGAGUGCCUUUGCUGUCCCGCAGCUCUACGUCUCUUUCCCGGAGACCGCGCCGGAAGGCACGCCGAAGAAGGUCUUGCGGGGCUUUGAGAAGAUUCAGAUCGAGGCGGGUGGCUCGGCUGAGGUGAAUUUCUUGCUGAUGAGGCGGGAUGUAAGUUUAUGGAAUGCGUCGGAGAAGGUAUGGGUGAUUCCGGAGGGUGAGUUUACGUUCCGGGUCGGCUUCAGCUCGAGGAACUUGCCGGUGGAGAAGGCCUUCUCGGUGUUGGGGUGA